GUCCAAACGGAUGUCCACGAAGACGAGGUCGACAAACAUACACCCGUUUCCAAACGUUGGAACUGGAAAAGGAAUUCCAUUUCAACCAUUAUCUGACCAGGCGGCGUCGCAUAGAAAUAGCCCACGCCCUCUGUCUCACAGAGAGACAGAUCAAAAUAUGGUUCCAAAAUCGACGGAUGAAAUUGAAAAAAGAACUGCGGGCCGUAAAAGAGAUCAAUGAACAGGCACGACGGGAGCGCGAAGAACAGGACCGGCUUAAGCAGCAGCAGCAAGAGAAACAACAGCAAAAAAUGGAACAGCAGCAGCAACAGCAGCACCACUCCGCGUCACAACAUCCGCAACAUCAUCACGACAAUAUGAAGAUGGGUAUCGAAAAGAGUGCAUCUAGUAACGAUCUCUUGAAAGCCGUGUCAAAAAUACCCGCAUAA